AUGAACAACAUUACAACGUCAGCAGUAUACCAAACACCACUAUCGGACCCCUUUUUAAAGUUCUCUCCAUUUAAAAAUCUCACAGAUUCAUUAUAUUUAAUCCAUUUACAUGAAAUUGUGGGCUCAUUUAUAUUUUACCAGUUUAUCUUAUACCAAUGGUUAGCUCCUAAUUUCAAUAAGUUUUUUUUCCGUAAAGCUUACACCAAAAUCGAAGACAAAAAAUUGAAAGUUAACUUUGAUAUACAUGUAGUUUCCAUGGUUCAAUGUUUAAUCUCAAUUUAUUUGGUUUUACCACCGGCAAUUACUCAGCCUUUUGGCUUAAAUAUUAAUUCCUACACUGAUUCUUACAACAGCAUGGUAUCCUCUGUAUCUGUUGGUUAUUUUCUGUGGGAUCUUUGCGUUUGUGUACAACAUUUUAACUUAUUUGGUUUACAAUUUUUAUGCCAUUGUUUAGCUUCAUUAUUCGUUUUUUUCAGCACUCUAAGACCAUUUUGUCAAAGUUGGGUUUGUAAGUUUUUGAUAUUUGAAGCUAGCACCCCAUUUGUAAACAUCAAUUGGUUUAUUUCAGUGUUAGUUAAACAAAAUGGUAAUAUUAAAAUACCUACUUGGUUUAAUGUUUUAAAUGGCAUUUCGUUGAUUCUAGUAUUUUUCCUAGUCAGAAUAGUCUGGGGGUUUACUGCUAUUUCUGUACUGGCUUACCAGGCUUACAAAAUAUGGGAUGAAGUUCCUCAUGGAUUAAUGUCAAUAAUUUUGAUGAUAAAUUUCCUGCUAGAUUUUUUGAAUAUCUUCUGGUUAAGUAAGAUGUUAAAAAUAGCCAAAAAAAUGUUAGGUGGAAAUGAAACUACCGCUCGCAAAGGUAAGAAGAAUUAA